UGGUUCCGAAGCUCCAACUCAUCUACCCUCUAAUCGCAAAAACCCUAGCACGGAGUGUUACGCCACCGCCGCCGCCUCUUCAGCAGCUGCAACGAAGGAGUCGCCGGAGAAGAUGAAGGGUGAGGGGGAGAAGAAGAGGAAGACGUUGGACAUCCUCGCGGGUUCCGACGACGACUCCGACGGCGGCGCCGAGGACAACUCGAAGAUCCAGAUCAACGAGGAGUACGCGCGCCGCUUCGAGCACAACAAGCGGCGGGAGGCGCUGCAGCGCCUCGGGGAGAAGAAGAGGAAGGGUCUUGUCGUCGAUUCCGACGACGAGGACGAUGACGACGAGUCGUCGGAUGAUGAGGACGAAAAGGUCGCCGCCGCCUCCCGCCGCGUCGACCGCCGCGUGCUCCAGGUCAUCCGCCGCAUCCGCAGCGGGGACAGCGCCCUCUUCGACAAAGAAGCCAAGGUGUAUUCCUCGUCGGAGGACGAGGCCAGCGAGGAGGAGCCCAAGAAGGGGAAGGCUAAGAAGGAGCGGCCAUUGUACCUCAAAGAUGUCAACGCCCGCGACCUGCUUGAGGAGGGCGCUGAGUUCGCUGGGCAGAGCAGCCGCGGCAGCAAGUACGACAAAAUUGCGUACGACGACCGUCAAAGGGAGGGGCUGAAGGAGUUCCUUGAGGCGGAGAAGAAGGCAUUAGGAGAUGGCGAUGAUGAUGAUGAUGAUGAUCUGUUCAUGGAGAAGCAGAAGGGUGGAGAUGGUGGUGACAGCGAGGAGGAGAAUGAUGAGGAGAAGCAGACAGAGGAGCUGCUGGGUGAGGUUUUCGGGAAGGAUGAGGAGCUGGAUGACAACGAGAAGUUUUUGAAGGAUUACAUCCUCAAUAGGCCGUACCUUGAACCGGUGACAGAUAAUAAGUUUUCUUUGCAUGAUAUCAAGGAGGUGUCGGAGGAAGAGGAUGAGAUCGAAAAGCAGGAGAAUUAUGAGAUUGGUUAUAGUUACCGUCAUGAGGAGGUGGCUGCAUCAGACACGUUGGUUACUGAUCGGGUAAUGGGACAUCCUCGGGUUGUUGAGGGCUCUGUGAGGAAGAAGGAGAGCAGCAGGAAGAAGCAGCGGAAGAGCAAAGAGGAGCUGAAUGCACGAGCCAAGCAAGAGCAAGCAGAGGAGCUGAAGCAUCUCAAGAAUUUGAAGAAAAAAGAGAUUGCUGAGAAGCUUGCAAAGAUCCAGAUGGUUGCUGGAAUUGAAGGGGGUGCUGCUUGUAAGCUUGGUGCAGAUGACUUGGAAGAAGAUUUUGAUCCAGAGGAUUAUGACAGGAAAAUGCAGGUGAUGUUCGAUGACAACUACUAUGGUGCUGAGGAGGUUGAUCCUGGGUUUGGAAGUGGGGAUGAAUUUGAUUUGGGGAAACCUGAUUUUGACAAGGAAGAUGAAUUGCUUGGGCUACCUAAAGAGUGGGCUCUUGGUGAUAAAGAAGUGGCUACUGCCACUGAUGAGAAAGCUGUCGAUGAGAAGAAAAGGAAGAAGAAAAGUAAGGAGCUUGCAAACAGUGAGGAGGUUGGUGAAAAAAGAAAAGGGAAGAUCUCUCUCAAGGACAAGGUGGAGCUUGAGAAGGAGCUUGAAGAGUACUAUAAGCUAGACUACGAGGACACCAUUGGAGACCUGAAGACACGGUUUAAGUACAAGAAAGUUCAGCCAAACAGUUUUGGUCUGGAGACCUUCGAGAUAUUGCAAUCAGAUGACAGGGAUUUGAAUCAAUAUGUUUCCAUGAAGAAGCUAGCACCAUAUAGGGAAGAUGAAUGGCAAGGAUCAAAGGGUGCGCCGAGCUCUGGGCUACCGGUGUGGAAGCAGGUAUCCAUCUCCGAUGCUUUGCUAACUAAUGAGAUACUUGUUAUGAGGAGGAUAGUGGAGAAUGUUGCGCCGCAUCCAAAUGUUAUCAACCUGCAUGAUGUGUAUGAAGAUGUUCACGGUGUGCACCUUGUACUUGAGCUGUGCUCAGGUGGUGAACUGUUUGAUAGGAUAAUAGGACGUGACAGGUACUCGGAGUUCGAUGCAGCUGCUGUCAUUAGUCAGAUUGCUAGUGGAUUGAAGGCUCUUCAUAAGGCGAACAUCAUACACAGGGACUUGAAGCCAGAGAAUUGCCUCUUCUUGGACAGAAAAGAGAAUUCCACAUUGAAGAUCAUGGAUUUUGGUUUGAGUUCUGUAGAAGAUUUCAGUGACCCAAUUGUGGCGCUGUUUGGAUCAGUAGAUUAUGUUUCACCAGAAGCACUCUCGAGGCAAGAGGUUUCAGCUGCAAGUGAUAUGUGGUCUGUUGGGGUGAUUCUGUAUAUUCUUUUAUCCGGAUGCCCACCAUUUCAUGCUGCAACGAAUCGAGAAAAACAGCAAAGGAUCCUGCAAGGUGAAUUCAGUUUUCAGGAGCACACAUGGAAAACAAUAUCUUCAUCGGCCAAAGAUUUGAUAUCCAGUCUCCUUUCUGUUGAACCUUACAAAAGGCCCACUGCGAGUGAUCUUCUGUUGCAUCCGUGGGUGAUAGGAGACUGCGCCAAGCAAGAUCUCAUGGAUGCAGAGGUCGUCUCAAAACUGCAGAGGUUCAAUGCUAGAAGGAAACUGCGAGCAGCAGCAAUAGCCAGCGUCCUGAGCAGCAAAGUGGCAUUGAGGACAAAAAGGCUGAGGAGUCUUUUGGGAACCCAUGACCUUACCUCCGAGGAGCUAGAUAACCUGCGGCUUCAUUUUUCACGGAUAUGUGCAGACGGAGAGAACGCCACGCUGUCAGAAUUCGAGCAGGUGCUGAAAGCAAUGAAGAUGGACUCGCUGGCCCCUCUGGCUCCCCGUGUAUUUGAUCUGUUCGACAACAACCGUGACGGGACUGUCGACAUGAGGGAGAUCCUCUGCGGGCUCUCCAGCCUGAGGAACUCGCGAGGCGACGAUGCCCUGCGGCUUUGCUUCCAGAUGUACGACACCGAUCGGUCAGGCUGCAUCAGCAAGGAGGAGCUGGCGUCGAUGCUCCGGGCCCUGCCGGAGGAGUGCCUUCCGGGCGACAUCGCGGAGCCGGGGAAGCUGGACGAGGUGUUCGACGAGAUGGACGCCAACGGCGACGGCGAGGUCACCUUCGACGAGUUCAAGGCGGCGAUGCAGAAGGACAGCUCCCUCCAGGACGUGCUCCUCUCCUCCCUGCGCCCCCCGGGCCCAGGACAGCAACAGCAGCAAUAAUAGCUCCUCCCUUCACAAUUUGUGCAGUGCAGCUUUUCACUUUCUGAGAACCAACAAUGCCGUUUGUAUUAAGACGCUUGGACAAAAAUCAGAUUUGCAUCAAAUUGUCCCACGUCCCUUUUGGGGUGGGAAGCACUGCUCCA